AUGAGAGAGUACGUACUGGUCCAAGGUAAGGUUAAAGGAAAAGCCAAGAGCUACUACAGGUCUCCCCGGAAGAAACAGACUCCCCUUAUUCAAACAUACAUUAUCUCAUUUCUCAAUCAAGUGCUAUUGGACAACAACACAGACACCUACAUGCAUGCCUUGGAAUUCACUGCCUUCCACUCGGAUAAGAAAGGAUGGAAUUGUAAUGAUGGUGUAGUGCAGAUUGAGGAACAGACUGAAGCAAUUGAAGAGAUUUUAUGGUCAAAAGUAAGACCCUUUCUCAUUAUUGGGAAACAUUGA